GCGGCAGCAACUUCCGCUUCCGCCACUUCCGCUUCCGCCGCAGUGACCUGGCGCGGCUACCGUCUGCGUGACGUCAUCAGGAAAAAGCGGGGAUGGCUGCGACCGCAGCGCCCCCUGGCGGCGAGAGGCGGGAAAACCUCUGGAGGACCUCCCAGAGAUCCCUCCCAGCCCCUGUGCUGCUGUGACAGACGGGUGUGUGAAGGGGCACAGCGGGCAGGUGGACGUUUGGUGGCUUUCCAGGCUCAAAGCACCGCAGCCCUGGGAUGCCACCGGGACUUUGACGGUCAUCAGCCACGUCCCUCCCUUCGUCUCCAUUCACUGCAAUGGGAGCUGGGUUGGGUGCACCCGCAGGGAUGGGGCACACACGGCCUCUGGGCAGCAGUGCAGGGCCUCAGCUCCCUCUGUGAACACCUUCCCCCACAUCUAAUCCAAAUCUCCAUUCCUUUACAUUAAAACCAUUCCCCUUUGUCCCAUCUCCCCACAAGAAAAGUUCAUUUUCCUCCUGUUUAUCAUCUCCCUUGAAACAGUGGGAGGCUAUCACCACGAUGGCAGGCACAGCAAGUUGAUGACAUGGCAGGCACAGAGCAGUGCCUGUGACACCACGGGACAGCGUCAUAGAGGGGCACUGUGAGCUCAGGGCAGAGGGGCUGACCCCAGCGCUCACGGAACCCCCCACUGCCACUCUCGAGCUGCCACGGCAGGUGAGGCAGCAGGCUCCUCCUGCUCCUGGCACUGCGGCCCUCCAGGGGGUCCCAGUGCCCCACAUCUCACCCCGGCGCCCAUUUGGGCAUUUCCCCACAGAGAGAAUUCCUUCAUCGCUGACGGUGCUUCCGACACCCGACGCCACUUUAUUUGGAGCCUUUGUGCCCCCACCGGCCACUGCUGCCAUGCAGACCACCAUUGGCGGAGCAGUGCCCGUAUCCUUCCAGCCCAUCCCUGCCCCCAAUGUCACCUCCAUGGUGCCUCAGGCCUCUGUCCAGCCGGGGGUACCGGGUGUGCAGGGACAGGGAGCGCAGCUGCCACCUGGGGCGAUGCCUCAAACUGUGCUUCAGCUGCCAGCUGGGGCAAUGCCCGCAGCAGUGGUUCAGCUGCCAGCUGGGGCAAUGCCCCAAACUAUGGUUGAGCUGCCCCUUGGGGCAAUGCCCUAUACUGGGGGUCAGCUCCCACCUCAGGGGGUACCCCAAACUGUGGGCCCACUCCCACCGCAGGGGGUAGCCCCAGUGGUGGGUCCGAUCCCACCUCAGGGGCUGCCCCCAACGCUGGCUCAGCUCCCACCACCUGGGGCAAUGCCCCCAACUGUGCUUCAUCUGCCACCUGGGGCAAUGCCUGACAGUGUGAUUCAGCUCCAAUCUGGGGAGAUGCACCCACCUGUCGUUCAGCUCCCACCUGGGGCAAUGCCCCAAACUGUGGGUCCUCUCCCACCUCAGGGGGUAGCCCCAAUGGUGGGUCUGAACCCGCCUCAGGGGCUGCCUCCAACAGUGGGUCAGCUCCCACCUGGGGCAAUGCCCCCAACCGUGCUUCAGCUGUCACCAGGGGCAUUGCCUGGAAGUGUGCUUCAGCUGCCAGCUGAGGCAUUGCCCCCAACUGUGGGCCCGCUCCCACCUCUGGGGGUGUCCCCAACAGUGGGUCAGCUCCCAAUUCAGGGGGUACCCCCAACUCUGGGCCAGCUCCCACCUCAGGAGGUGCCCCCAAUUGUGGUUCAGCUCACACCUGAGGGGCUGUACACAAUUGUGGGUCAUCUGCCACCCGGGGAGAGGCAGUUACCCCUCCUCCAGCUCCUACCCGGCGGGAUGAAGCCGGGUAUGCCUCCCCCCAAUGCCCCUGCCCACUGCUGGCAACAUCCCCGGCUGGCAGGGAAGCGGCAGCGGCAGCGCCAGCAGCCGAUGGGGCAGCGGCCCGGGGCCGUGUGCCGUGGGAAGCCCCCGCAGCCCGCAGGCAGCUGCCCGCUGCAGGCCCCCGGCCGCCCCGGCCCCUCCACGCUCCUCCGAGCACCUGCAGUGCAGCAGCGGGUGCUCCCCGGGCCCUGCACCCUGCCCGCCAGCUGGGAGCAGGCGACGGGGCCCUUUGCAGAUGCCGUGGCGCACACCCAGGAGCAGCGGCACCCAGCGCCCACCAACGUGUGCCCCCAUCCCGCCACGGCUCCGCUCGGCUGCAGCAGCGCAGCGCUGGAAUCAGGAGCAGCGACAAUGAGCUCAGACGUCCCGGAGGACAUCAGCGACAUCCAUUGCCUCCUGACUUGGAUCAACAACGAAGCGAUGAGUCUUCGCGAGGUCCCCCAGCCCAGCAACGACCUGCUGUGGAGGCAGCCCGAGCCGGCCGAGUGCCCAGCGCCCGCCCGCACCACCACAGGGCACGAGCAGCGCACUGGCAGCAUCCAGGCCCCAAAGAGGAAGCUGCCGCAGGGCCGGGAUGCUCCAGAAGCGAAACGCCGGCGCUAGGCGAGGCUGGGUGGGCUCAGCACAAGCGGGAGCGCCCGCAGAAACCGUGCCUGGAGCCCUGGGCUCCUCGCCGGCCCCCGCGGCACACACAGAGCAGCGGCAGUGCUCCAGGGGCACCAGCACCGGCCCCGGCCCUACCCCUCCAAACCUGGGCUGUCCACCACCACCACCGUGCACUGUGACCUCCGUUACAUCACCUUACCUUAUGUUCUGUUAAAUUAUGUUAUGUUAUGUUAAAUUAUAUUACAUUAAAUUACAUUAAAUUA